AUGAACCUCACCUCACGCCCUCCGCCGCCGCCGACGCCGCCGCCAGCAACUGCCUGUCACCCUGCCGACGUCGCCGCCGCCGCCCACCGCCGCCAGUCGUCGCGCAGUGCCUCCCUCUCCUCCUCAUCCGUCGUCACUGUCCACCGGUCCGCCUCACUCUCCCUCAGGGACCCAAGCGAAUCCCACGGCCCGCUCACACCGCCCCCAGCUGCCCGUCGCCGCUCCAGCGCAGCCAACGGCGCAGCAGAUGGCAUUGUAGCCUUCUGCGAGGGCUCCAGCACCCCCAACACCAACACCAACGCGAUUGCCAAUAUCAACCGCUGGUCGCAGAGUACCUCGAGCAGCAGUCGCUCUCCCCCGCCCCACAACCACCAUCACCACCCUCAUCAUCCGAGGUUCUCGCGCAAACUAAGCACCAGCAGCCCUGGGGGCUCCUCCGCCAGCAACAGCAACAGCAACACCAUCACAGCCAACUCGACCACUGCCACCACCAUCACUACCGACACCGACACCAAUACCGCCAAUGGAGCGGCUGCCCAACCGCAAUCGCCCUCACGCCUCAGUCCCUCGCCUCCGCGCACCACUGCAGCAGACGCACGCGCAAACCCUUCCUCGCCCAUAUCAAGUCCGCGCCGCCCUCGCCGCCCUCGUUCCCCAUCCUGUGGGCCUCCGGUGACGGCACCGCCCCGACUGCCUUCUCUACCGCCUAUCCUGCUCCCUUCGACAGUCUACGACCCCAAUUCACCCCACAGCGCCUCGACGGCCAAUUCCCCCGCCACCUCCACCCUCUUCACCCCGGGCUUGUUCAUCGGGGGCAGCCAGCCGCAAGACUACUUCAGUUCGAAACCAUUGACUUCGCAGCAGUCGCCCGCACACCCACGCCCCGCGUCGCGCACCAAAGCCGAGAAAGUGCUGGGCAAGUCACCCCUCGGAUCCCCCGCCAUCAUCGGUAGUCAAGAGACGGACGCAAGGUACGGUUCCAAUCUCAGCGCCAGCCGACCCGGUGCUGCACGUCGCCCUUCGGUGCCGGGAACAAAAGAGAUCGCGCAGAAGCUACCACAAGGUGCGGGACACAGGACAGCUGCGUCACGGGAUCACUUGGCCACCUCGAGCAGAGAUCACGGCGCGAUUGAAGGUAGGGAUCACGCGAGGAGCAAGAGCAGGGACCAUUUUCGAAACGAGAGCAGUAACAGCGCCAAGUUGGAGGAAAACUACCAAGGAACCCCUCCCCGCACACGGGAGCGGCGGGAGAAGGACAAGAAGACGAUGCUCUCGAGGGCGCUGCAAAAGGCAAACACGGCUGUCCUCCUCGACAAUGCGCAAAACUUCGAGGGCGCCAUGGAGGCGUACGAAGACGCGUGCAAGCUGCUGCAGCAGGUCAUGAUUCGCAGCUCACAAGAGGAAGACAGGAGGAAGCUGGAUGCCAUUCGAGUAACCUAUACCAAUCGUAUUGAAGAGCUCAAGCGAUUGGAUCCAGGCUACACGAAUGCCAGCGGGAAAUCGCUCCCAGCCCGGCCUAUGAGCGGCGAGUCCCUCGAUGAACAACGAUCCAUGCUGCUCACCGACGACGAGGAGCAGGAGCCAGCAGUCAUCGAGACAGCCACGAUGACCCGGAUCAUAGACGACCGCUCCAGGGAAGAGCCCCCGGUCAGCGCAGAGCCGGAACCUCCACCCGCUGCUUACCAGCUACCACUUCGGAAGCCAGAGUUGGGGGCCGGCGCUCGCGAAUCGGUCAUCUCCACGGCGAUACAAGAUGUGCAAAGAAGCAUGCGAACCCCGCAAUUCAACCUACAGCCGCCACCUGGAAGACUGGCUGAUCCGGGUCAGGCUGUCCGAAGGCCAAGCCUAGAAUCGCCCAUGGACCGCUCUUGUAUGCCCCCACCUCUGUCACCCAAGAGAUCGAGGUCUCCGUUGUUCAGUGCGGCCAGAGAGAUGCCUCCAGAUGAACAAAAUGCCCUGUUGCAACCACAGCAAACAACAACACAGGCAAAUCACCAACGAGUGCAAAGCAGCGAGUCAACAUCAUGGCUCGAUACUAUCGAUGAAUCGGGCGGCUCCUCGUGUUCAUCCUCUGUUCACUCACUCUCGCCUCGGGGAUUGCGGAGGAAACACAUGCGGAACGCGAGUGGAGGGACGGAAGCAGAAUUCGAUGCCGCACUCGAUGCAGCUGUGGAGGCUGCCUACGAUGAGGGCUAUGAGCCUUUCGAUGAUAGCUCGUCUGUGCCAGCCGACUUGAUAGCAACGCGGUUACGGAAUGUGGAGUUGGCAAAAGAGCGGGUACGAGAAGCGGAACGGGAAGAAGCGAUUGCCGCCGCCAGAUACCGUUUCAAGGAAACGCAGCUUCGAGGUGUUGAAGCCUUGCCCCAUGUUCGCCAAAGCGCCGAAGUAACGUUGGAGAAUGAAGCGGAGGAGGAGGAGCGUCUGUUGGACGAGAUGACAAGAGAGUACAUGCUGGAUGGAUUCGAUUUCGACUUGCAGACCAAGUCGUCCUUGCCGCGACAGUCAGACUCGAGCGGCUUCUCUGGUAGCACGUAUAACAGUUCCGUGUCCUCGCACAGAACAACAGGUGGAACAUCGCUUUCGACGGUUGCGGAAGUGAUGCACCCCACUUCCAAAGGCGUACAACCCUUGCACUCGCCACCUGCUGUGCCCGCACCCUCUGGAUCCCUUCCAGCAUUACCCUCGGUUCCAGAAAGCCAGGGCCCGCAAGCAAAUGACGCUGCUGAAGUGACACCACGCCCUGCCGUAGUGCCAAAGGACGCUGCUUCUGUCAGGAGUCGGAGACUGUCUGGGCAAAAUGCAAAGAACCUGAAGAUUGAAACCUCCCUUCCUCCUGUACCAGCAGCACCCCAUACAGAGAAGCCACCGGUACCGGCCAAGAACUCGCCUGCCACUCUCACCAUUCCGCCAAAAUCUGCAGCUGCUACGUCGACAUUCAAUACUCAGCCUGGUUUAGAUCCUGCAUUCAAACUUCCGGCUCUGCCCCCGUCCUCUCAUCAGAACCAUCUUGCGGCCCCAUCCCCGCAGCCAAACCCACAUAGUCCGGCUGAGACCAUAGCCACUGUCUCACCGGCUACACCUGCUCUGAAUCAUGCAUCUUCAAACGAAGCUGGCCUUGUCCCCGGAUCUCCCAAGGGUGGAAGGACUUCGGCCAUGGGGAUUCGGAAGAACAAAUCAUCCCUCAGCCUGAAACAGCGGAAUCUAUCGAUAUCGAGCCCAGAUGGAUCCGAAGUCUCAGUGGGGACCCCCCUCAGCACUACAUUCUCCAUUACCGGACGAAAGCCAAGCAAUGUUGGUCUAACCAUGGCGACGCCCAGUCUCCCUGCUUUCAAUGUCGAUGGCUUACCGAGUGGAGGAAUGCACUUGUUUGAGAGCGACAUCCAUUCGCCCUUUUCUCCUGGCUCACCCAGUCCUGCUGUCGCAAAUGCGCCCAUACCGCUGGAGCCUUGUCCAGAGUCGUAUCUGCUCCGUCCCUUCUGGCUCAUGCGAUGUUUCUACCAGACCAUUGCCCAUCCCCGUGGCGGCUACCUCUCGACCAAGCUCUUCAUUCCCCGUGAUGUAUGGCGGGUCAAGGGCGUCAAGAUCAAGAACAUUGAAGACAAGAUUGCAAACUGCGACCUUCUCACCGCCGCGUUGCAAAAGUUGGCCUCGGUCGACACAUUCGACGCAGAUGCCAUUCUGGAGGAGAUGCAAUCUCUCGAGCUCGUCCUCGACCAAGUGCAAGCCCAACUGGCGAAGAAGCUCGGAAACGAAGUGGGCGUGCACUCGGCCGCCGCACUCUUCAAAGACGCAACCACGGUCGGUGAAGGCGCCGCCUCUGCUGAGGGACUGGGCAAGGGCUCCCACAACUCGCAAGACCACGCCGCGCCCAAGAGCGCAGUGGCACAGGGCAAAUCCUACCUGACAUCGUGGCGCAAACUGCGGUCCAAGAAUUCUGGCGUCAAUCUGGCCAGUCUGGCGGGUACGAGUGGGAGGAGCGAGGUGCCCAAGGACUCGUUGGUCAUGGCUACGUUGCCCAUGACCAGUCUGCCCAGUAUACGAUUUGCCAAGCGGGAUAUUUCGGGUGUGGUGUUUGAGGGGCCGAAUUCUGGGUACAUGGGUAGUUUGGCGCGCUUGUUUGAUUCGGCUCAGAUUCUGGACCAAAUCGCCCGCCAAGUAGAAGACCCAGGCCUCAAGCACAGCUCCCCCACCCACGUCGGCCUCGAACUCUCGGCCCGCCAUGCGGCCGAGUUCUUUGGCUUUUAUGUUUGCCGCUUUGUGCUGAAUGAUGUGACGAUGAUGUUGGAUAAGUUUAUCAAGAGGGGGAGUGAGUGGGUGUUGCAGUAA